UUGGUUUAAAGCACCAAGACUAUGACUCUUUAAUCAUAUAUUUAACAACUAAUUUUAAGUAUAAAAUCAUUCUUCAUUUUUAAGUGCGAGAAAAUUGUACUUUUAUUUAGAUGUAAAAUUAUCAUUAAAAAUGAAAUAAAUUAGUUGUAAUUAAUUUGAGUAACAAUCACUACUUAAAGCAAACGUUGUUUUUUUUUAGAUUUGUUUUAAAAUGUAGGCCUAUAGACUUAUUGUUUUUGGUUGUCGUUGAUCGAAUAAAACCCAAUUUAUUCAUUUUUGUUUUUUCUUUUUCUUUGUUAGGCGCAAAUUUUAAAAAUGGUGGUGUUCGUGCGCAUGCGCACAACUUCGAACUAAACACUAAGCCUUAAAAUGUUGUAAUUGUUUUUAAAUAAUUUGCAUAUUUGUUGAAUAUGAGUUAAAGACAGCAAACGUUUGAAAAAUUAUUCAAGAAAAAAAAUCUGGUUUCGGGUCGAGAGGUGUCGGGAUUUCACCGGAAGUGCUCCCUCCUUCCUCUGAUCUGCUACGAUCUAACUUCAGCUUCAGAACGACCGAAGUUUUACGGCCAUAAUUCAUAUCAUCCGGGGAAUUUUUUACAGGUGUGACUCCGCCCAUCUUCCACUCACAGACAUGGCUCCACGAGUCGACGACAUUAUGCGGCUGUGCUGUGAGUUAUCGGCCCACGAUAAGAUCAAAGUGGCCGUCAAAAGCUCAGCCAAAGGAGCGGCGGUGGCGGGAGGCGGGGCCUUUGUGGGAGGCCUGUUUGGAGGACCAAUGGGAAUCGCUGUGGGUGGCGCUGUGGGCGGUCUCCUGGGCAGCUGGCUGACCAGCGGGCAGUUCCAGCCUCUGCCUCAGAUCCUGAUGGAGCUCCCUCCGAACCAGAAGCAGAAGCUCUACAACGACGUCAUGCAAGCGUUGGGCCGGCUGGACUGGACCGACGUGGCGCAGCUCAUCGCCCUGGUGAUGGGCAACGCCACGCUCAAGCAGCAGGUCGUCUCGGCGCUCAUCAGCUACGUCGCCAAAGAGCUGAGGGCAGACGUGCGUUACCAGGACUGAAACUGUCAGCCUGUUUUUAUCCAGCAGGUUUUGAUCUACCUGAAGACACGAUGACCUCUGAACAUUUCACCUCCAGGACAAUCGUACGUUUGAAAGUCCUAAAUCAGGUUCCACAUUAGGAACGUGCUCCAAGCUGCCAGCAGAGGGCGCUAGAGUCCCUGCAGAAAGAGUGAAGUGUCAAACUUUCACAUAGUUUACCUAAAGCUGACUCAGGAUUUAAAAGAAGAAACUUUCACUUUAAAUCAGGAAGAAUGAUUGAUGCCAUCCACACGGCUCACAGGUUUCCAUGGAAACGGUGAAAACAUUAUCAUCUCUGGAGCCCCAUGUGGAUUUUUUAUUCUGUCAUUGUGACUCUUUAGGUUUGAAGAAAUGUGCUAAUAAUCUGAAUUAAUCGUAGGUUUUAGUUUAGGUUCAUUUGUUUUAGUGAAGUUUAGUCAUUUGUGUCAGAAAACUGAGCAAAGUGAGGUCUGAGUUACUUUCAUCGGGAUUUAUUCUGUUAUUACAAAUGUAUCAUGUUUUUAUAUUUGAAAACAAUAGAUUCUGACUUCCUUGUCUUUUAAAUUGAAUCUGCUGCAGCAGGAAGAUCUGAUUUGACACAGAAUGUAUUUUAUUUUGAAAGGAACUUGUAUGUAAAAGAAGUUACUGUUGUGAUGCACAGAAAAAUAAAACUGUAUUUUAUUACUGAAAAUCUUUUAAAAAAAGCUAAAUUUCAUAAAGUGAAAGACUUGAUGGCCUCAAAAACAUAAAUAAAGUUUAUUUUCUAAA